CCAGUUCGGACGCGUUCUGCCAGGAGCCCUCCUCCAAAGCCUGGAAUUAGGUCGGUCGAAUUUGGUCACGGUCAGGUGGAUUUGUGUGAAAUUCCAGUAGACCGGACAGCCUACGGGGAGUCAAAGCCUCAGCUUCCCGUCCAAGGAGCGGGGCUUAAGAAAGCCUUAUUGCCCCAGCCCCACGAGGGGGGACGAAUAGAUUGGGUAGUGAGCGUAAGUGUGCUUUGGAUGGUGCUCUUAUAUGUGACGUGGUGCUCCUGCUAAAACUUCAACCGUCGUCGUCGGGACCCGUUCUUGUGCCAGUCAGUAGUCGGCAGAUGCCAGGUGAAAGGUGGUUUUCUGCGUUUCUGUAGGUUAUGAAUUCUUUGACGCAAGGCUCUGCAGACGGGGUGAAGGCGGUUAACCUGAACUCGUCUGGCAAUAUGGUUGGCGGAGGUGGUCUAAGGGAAUGUCGUAAGAAGUGAAACGACGUGGUCCGUUGCCACCCACAAGGCGUUGGGUGGGUGAGGAAAUUGACAGAAUCGUGCGACAAGAAGAGGGUGACACGGUGGAUAUGGUCCUGUGAGUGGCUACAGCCGGGCAAAAGUGUGCUAACGAUUGCGAUUAACGGUUGACUUGCGGAACAAGGGCAUGCUAUUUUCUGGUGAUUUUUCAUCCUGUUUUUACCUUCCACAUGGAUCGAUGAUAUUGGUGGAAAAAAGUAGGGUCACAGAACCGCAAUAACAAGCCGGUGGCUAAUGGGAGCGUGAAACGUAUGAGAAUGUUUAAUGAUCCGUAAAAUUUGGAAUAAUUUUGCGGUGUGAAGAAUAAUCGCGGUUUCGCCGUAGUAAGAAAACUAAUCGUGAUCAUUUGAAUUAUUGAUCGAAAUUUCUAUGCUCUAGCGGCUGAAAAGUCUUAAAUGAGCGAGUGAUGGUGUAAAUGCAGCAUUCGUGUCCUGAAAAAUCAAAGAGAGGCCGCAUCAUUAAAUUUGCAUCCUCCAGUGAGCCAGCCGGUACUUGGCUUCAUCAAUCAUCCGGUUCUCCGAUUCAAUCAACUUCAGCCAAGCCGGUGUGAAAAGAAAAAGGUGUCUCACGGCGCGUACCGACAGCAAAUCCGGGAAUCAAUUUUCUCCGAUUUGUUUGAGUUUUUCCGAGUGUAAGAAAGCGUAGAAGUAAGUUACGAAUCACCCGAAAGAAGGCAAGGGGCAAGAGUGAAGUGAUGAUCCGCCAAAAGAGUGUUUCGGCGUUGGGAUCCCAGCCCUGAGUGAAAUAUCCCCCGUGGUGUUUCGUUGGAAGUGGCGUGCUAUUGAUCUUGUGUCGGCGAUUGUCAAUUGCCAAGUGUGAAGCUGCUGAUUGGAGGAGCUUGCGGCGUUGUUCCGAGAAAACGAAAGAAGUAACUUCUAGCGCAAGUCAUCUUGGAUAGCUCAUGGUGCUGCCUAGGUGUAUUGACAAAGGACCUCGCAUGAGCCGGAAAUCGCUUUCUGCCCGGAGCAAGCUGAAAGAAGCACAGAAAGCGUGAAAGCAGAAAACGCCACCGUCACCGCAGGCACCAACCGGGACGUGGAAUAACGAAUGAUACAUCGGUCCGAUCCCCAACGGCACAACAAGUCAUUCAAUUCACCCAACCACCAUUGCGGUCCCGAGCCAUUAGCGAUGAAAAGCGACUGUCCGUGCUUUCCUCGUCGACGCCAGCACAGCCGGAACCCAAUACGUCAACGAAAAAACCGUUCAUCUCCGACUAUCGGCAAAAAGUUCGACGCCAAAGCCCGAUGAAAUCGCAAUCAGCUCGGACUACGCAAACCGGCGACGAAUGCUUUCGGAGAGCGAGAAUCACAAAAAUGUCCCACUUCACCAACAAUGACCAUUAAUCGCACCGGAAAUGAUGUUCUGCGACAUCUUGCUUUGCGUCGUCCGGUAGAACCCGUCGUCAACCAUCAUCACCAGCAGCACGUUCCCAUCGUACGGAAGCACAAACGGCACGAACAGGUGUUGAAGUCCUGCCCCGCCUCCGACUGCCCAAGGGUUGUUAGAACGCUACGCUGCUGCGGAACCUUUUGGAUCGGAUUUCUGUUUUUGCUGGCGGUAGUUUUCCCUCGAUACGGUCUGGCGCUUAGUGCGAAAAAUGACAAGGAAAGUUUCGUUAAAACAACCGAUGUCGAAGCAAUCGAAGACCACCAAGCAAUACUGCACUGUCCACUUCUAGCGACGAAUCGCGAUAAAAUCAACAUGGUGCUGUGGUUCCGAGACAACGCCGGCAUUCCGCUGUACAGCCUCGACGUCCGAGGGAAAUCACUGGACGACGCUCAGCACUGGUCGGCACCGCAAGUUUUCGGAUCCCGAGCUCGUUACGUCCUUGAAAGUGAUCCAGCGUAUUUGGAAUUGAACGAGAUUAAACGUCACGAUCAAGGCGUUUAUCGGUGCCGGGUCGAUUUCCAAAAUAGCCAAACCCAGAGCUUUCGUUUCAAUCUUACCGUCAUUAUUCCACCCGAGCCACCGGUGAUCCUGGAUCGAUGGGGACGCGUCAUAAAUAGUACAACAAUCGGACCAAAGGAAGAAGGAGAUGAUUUACUGCUCACUUGCCGAGUGGUUGGAGGACGACCACAGCCCGACGUGCUUUGGUUUAUCAACGAUAAUCUGGUGGAUAAUCAGAUCGAGCAAAACACCGGCAACGUCAUCGAGAACCGGCUGCUGUGGAACUCGGUGCAACGGCACCAUCUGCACUCGGUGUUCACCUGCAAGGCGACCAACACGAAGCUGGUGGCCCCCCUGACCAGCCGGAUCGAGCUGGACAUGUACCUAAAACCCCUCUCGGUGAAAAUCCUCAACUCGACGCUGUCGCUGGCUUCGAACAAGGACUACCGGAUCGUUUGUCAAUCGGCUGGCUCCCGCCCGGAUGCCAAUAUCACGUGGACGAAAGGCAACAAAAAGCUCAAACGGCACAAAAUGCACGUUCUUCGGAACCUGACCAUCUCGGUGCUGAUCCUGACGCCCACGCUGGAGGACGACGGGCGGCUACUCGGCUGCCGGGCGGAGAAUCCACAAGUCCCCGGUCUAUUUCUGGAACAGUUUCAGAACAUUAGCGUUCACUACCCCCCGCAAGUUAACCUGGAACUAGGCUCGACGCUUUCCAUCGACGACAUCAAAGAAGGGGACGAUAUCUACUUUGAAUGCAAAAUACGAUCGAACCCGGCGUGGCGACGACUGGCCUGGUCCCACAAUGGAGUGCAGCUACCUCAAAACUCAUCGACGAUGAAAAUCGUACGCACGGGCCAAAGUCUGGUGAUACAGAAGGUGAGCAGAAGUUCCAGCGGGUCGUACCAAUGCGGAGCGCUUAACACCGAAGGCGAAACCGUGAGCAACGAGAUCAAACUGAACAUCAAGUACGCUCCUUUCUGCACCACCGAUAAGAUCAUCAACCUGGGCGUAUCGAUAGGCGAAACGGUGUUAGUUAGUUGUAAUAUAGUGGCACACCCCAACGCGAGCCGAUUCUACUGGCGGUUCGAAAACUCCGAAGAAGUGAUCGAAAUCGACCCGGAUCGGUUCACCAACAAUGGCACCAGUAGCCUGCUGGAGUACACACCCGAAUCGGAUCGGGACUACGGAACCCUCUCCUGCUGGGGCACGAACGAGAUCGGAACCAUGGCUGAGCCCUGCAUCUUCCAGUUGAUAACCGCGGGGCUGCCGACAUCGGUGAUCAACUGCGAGUGGUCCAACAGUAGCUCCAAGGUGGACGUCUACUGCCAUUCCGGGUAUGACGGCGGCUUGCGGCAGAAAUUUCUACUGGAGAUGAUGUCCAGUCGAAAUCCUGGUUUUGGGAUCAACUUGACCAAUUCCGAGGAGCCAACUUUUUCCACGUCGUUCGUUUCGCUCAGGGAGCAACUGCCAAAUAUCCACCAGCCAGACACGCUCAAGAUGAUCGUUUACGCGGUGAAUCAGAAGGGUCGUAGUCCGGGAGUAUUCAUCGCCGACCUUUUCAUCCCAGCCGUCGAAGAGCAGGAGCAAACCGAUGACAAAAAGUCUACGCUGUUGACUCCGAUCCUGAUCGGUCUGCUGCUGACCAUCGUGCUCAUAAUAGUCGUUAUAGUUGUAAGAAUUUAUCUGAAAUCGAAAAGACUUAAGCAAACUAUUGAUAAGGAGAAACGAUACACGGAGGAGUCCAAAAACACGCUCCUGUUGAUGGAUCAACCCAAGAAGGACAAAUCUCAAAAGGCUUCCAAGUGGAAAAGUAGCAUGGGUAAUAGUAUAAAAACUAGGAAUAAGAUUGAAACCAUAGACGAUGAACAAGAUCCUGACCUAAUACCCUAUCCCCGCCUCACGGACAUACAGCAGGAAGAGCUGAUUCCCAUGAAUUCCGACAUAUCGUUUAAACCCAAAACGGUUCGGUUACCGCCGCCCACGCCAGUAUCAGUAACUGCCACGUCCUCCUGCACGGCAACGACCACCAUCGUGAGUUUCAAGGACGAGGACAUCUCCGUGGCGGAGAUCAACCUGAAAGGAAUUGAAGACUUCCUGAUGACGAACCACGUGCCGGAGAGCUGUGUGUGAUACCGAAGGACCCAUCAUCCAGGAGCAUCCCAAACGAACGAAGCAAUCUUUUAUCCGAAUCGCACGCCAUCAAUCCGUUCGAACCCGAGCAAACCAAGCGAUGAUUUUUCUACAAAUGCCCGCAAACUUUUUUGUGUUUAGCCAGUAAGUUUUGAAUGUGCUUAAGUGCUGUGGACGUUACAAAUAAGAAACCAAAAUUGAUGCGAAGAGUCAUCCGGGUACGACACCGUUGACUUUUCUUCUUUUUCGCCAAUGGAAACACAAACGCAAAUCAAGGUGUAAAAUAGACAAUUUAAAGUAAGACAGAGGAAAACGUAAUAAAAAUAGUAACAAGAAAAUGGAAACAAUAAUUUAACGAAAUGCAGAAAAACAUAGGCAAACCGAAUCGUUAUCAGAGUGCGAACCAGACGAUAACUCAAAACGAAGCUAGAGAAAUUAGAUAAAGGUUAUAAAUAAAUCUGUACUCAAUAUUGAAGUGUACCUAAAAGAUAUAUUAUUGUAAAAUUAUUGCUAUUGAAAGUAUUAUUGAAUGAAAACAAAGAUUGUUUGUACAAUAAAGAGAUUUUUAUAACAAAUUAAA